GUUUCAUCCUAAAUCUAGUACUAUGAAUUUUUAAAUUCCAUUGGUGAAAGGAUCGGAAUAUUAUGAAGAAGAUUCCAUCUUAGUUUGUUACUAGACGACAUUGUUGUCAUUUUCACUCCACAACCAUAACUUUUAUUAGAUUAGAUUAAGACUAUUUAAUCACAAUUUGAGAGAUUAAUGAUCAUAUAUAUCAUAUUGAUAUUCACAACAUGUAAACAUACACACCAAUUAACAACGAAAACAAAAAAAUAAAAUAAUCAAUGGAAAGAAAGACAACAUAUAUAACUCAUUAACCUCACAUAAUUAAGGAGAUUAUAUUGUUGAGUACAAACUUCUCAAACUUAUCCAGAUAAAUGACAAAUGUAUCAUCCAACGAAUGUUCCUGAUUUGAGUUUAAUCGGAAGCAAUUCAUUAGUUCAUGGUCAGCACAUAGAUUCUGGUAGGAGCACAAUGGAUCCUGGUAAUGGAGGAAACAGUCUUGCCAACAACUCUAAUGUCAACUCAAAACAACGUUUACGCUGGACACAUGAGCUACAUGAACGCUUUGUUGAUGCUGUAGCUCAACUUGGUGGGCCAGAUCGUGCCACACCCAAAGGUGUCCUCCGAGUUAUGGGUGUACAAGGCUUAACCAUUUACCAUGUUAAGAGUCAUUUGCAGAAAUACCGACUAGCAAAAUACUUGCCUGACUCCUCAUCUGAUGAAGGGAAAAAGGCUGACAAGAAAGAAACGGGGGAUAUGCUUUCCAAUCUAGAUGGUUCAUCGGGGAUGCAGAUUACUGAAGCACUAAAGCUUCAAAUGGAGGUGCAGAAGCGACUUCAUGAACAAUUGGAGGUGCAGAGACAGCUACAAUUAAGGAUAGAAGCUCAGGGAAAAUAUUUGAAAAAGAUAAUUGAAGAGCAACAGCGACUCAGCGGGGUUCUUUCACCCGGCUCUGGUGUUGCAGCACCAACUCCAGGAGAUGUGUGCCAACAAGAACUCGACAAUAAGACUGAGCCGGCAACCCCCGACCCAGAAAAAGCUGCUAAAGAACAUGCACCAGCAAAGAGUCUUUCAGUUGAAUCUUUCUCAUCUCACCAUGAACCGAUGACACCGGAUUCCGGUUGCCAAGUUGGUUCUCCUGCUGACAGUCCUAAUGGAGAGAGAUCAACUAAAAAGCAACGAGUAAGCGUGGAAGGAGGAGCGUAUUCAAAAUCAGAUAUGGUGCUUCCACAUCAGAUACUGGAGUCAAGCAUGCCAUCAUACCAGCAACAGACCACUGUUUUCCUUACUCAUGAUCACUUUAAUCCGUCUUUAGGUAUGUCUACAAGAAGUGGUGAGGAAUUCGACAAGCUUGGUGUCGGGAAUAUGUGAUUUUGUGGUGUAAUCUGCAGGAUAUGCACUAUCUUAGUUUGUGUUAUAUGUAUUACUCUUAGUUGAUGGAAGAACUUGUUCUUCAUAGAUUUUCGAAGUUUAGUUUCAGUUAAAUACUUGCCAAGUACACAGCCUUUAAUUUGAUUACUUUAGAGACCUGAUUUGAAUUGGGGUUAAUAGAAAGGUUAUUGUCAUCUGCUCUCAUUUUCUAAGCUGAAUUUUGUGCCAUCUUGGGCUACCAAUUUAAUGACUAAAAUGUAACUUUUGUUAGGCCAUCUGCUGAAUGAGAUUAUGCAACUACUAUUAGGAAUUAAUCA